GCGCGGAGGCGACUCGUCUGUCUAGCUCAUAAACUUUUACCGCGUGUAACAAUUUAUCAAUGUGAGAGUGCAAAGUAAAGCCGGUUUCGCGGACCUCGAUGUGAAUUAUCAUGGAACAAGAGGAGAGCAAAAUCUCGGUGUGGGUGUGCCGGGAGGAGAAGCUGGUGUCCGGACUGUCCAGACGCACCACCUGCGCGGAUGUAGUGAAAGUGCUGCUGGAGGACCAGAACUUCCAGAAAGGCGCGAUGCUCACCGGUCCUCCACAGUCGUACUGUAUCGUGGAGAAAUGGAGGGGUUUUGAGCGGAUCCUGCCGAAUAAAACCAAAAUCCUGCGGCUGUGGAGCGCCUGGGGCGAAGAGCAGGAGAACGUGCGCUUCGUCCUGGUCAGGAGCGACGCGUCGCUGCCCAACAGCGGACCGAGGAGCGCCGAGGCGCGGGUCGUGCUCAGCAAAGAGAGCCCUUGCACUACCAAAGCCACCAUGCAGAUUUCACAGGAAAAACAGCGGAGGAUGGUGCGGAAGGCUUUUAGAAAGUUGGACAAAAUUAAUCGGAAGAAAGAGGAGGCUUCAAAAGACAAAUCAUCUGCGGAGAAAAUGGAAACGCUCGUCCAUCUCAUUAUUUCGCAGGAUCAUACUAUCCGACAGCAGAUACAGCGAAUAAAAGAGCUGGAUGGUGAAAUCGAGAGGUAUGAAUCGAAAGUUCACUUUGACAGAAUGAAAAUACACGGCGUAAACUACGUGCAAGACACUUAUUUGCUCGACCAAGGUUUGGAUAGCGAUUCCAGCGCGCAUCCGGACGCGUCCUUUGCGCAGUUUGAGGAAUACGCGUCACGCUGCGACCAAGUCAUUCAACUUCAGGAGGAACUGGCCGAGAGGGAGGCUCUGAUGGAGAUACUUGCAGGUGAAAUACAAGAAGAACUCAACCACAGGUGGAUGAGACGGCGACAGGAGGAGCUAUCCAACAAAGACGCGGAGAGCAGCGGAGAAGAAACGGCUCUCAAGGUGACUUCGGUCCCUGAGGAGCCGGUCCCAGUUGUGCCGGACCUCCUAACAGACAAUGAACUCCAAUUAGAGGAGGAGAGGAUCAAAACACAACUGGAUACGAGUUUAUACAUCGGGCUGCGCUUGAACACCGAUCUGGAGACGGUGAAGAGCGACUUGGAUAUGAGUCAGGAGCUUUUGGACGCGAAGGAAAAGGAGUUGAGGGAAUUACUCGAGAAGGUUCACAGAUUAGACGAGUUGGAAGAGAAACAGACGGAUGACAGCAAAGAUGAGGGAGAAAGCGAACAACUGCCUUCCGUAGACAAUGUUUGGGUAGAGCAGGCGAGGGGACUGUCCAAAACAUGCGCCAAUGAUGAUGAUUCGGACACCGGAUUGAGUUCAAUGCACAGCCAGGACUCGGAUAACGCACCUGUUUGCGAGUCACUUGUGUGACAAGACGAUUUACAAUCAUUCAAUACGGCGCGAACUCAGGGAACAUUUCGCCUCUGUUGAUUUCUCUUUAUAAGAGAGGAACGCAUGUCAAUUAUACCAGUGUAGUGUUAUGAUCGCCUCACUUAUACACAUGGAGAAUAGCUUGUACGGUGCCGCUUACCAAAUUAUUACUACCUAACCAAUGCAUAGACUGAGAUGUCCACUGUGUGCUGACUAAUGUUGCAAUACCAACAGUAGGCUAUGUAUUUGUUUUCCGUAGCCUUAUGUGUAAAAGCUAGCAUUAGAGUUUUGUGGGGUUUAUUGCUUCCCAAAUUUGAUAUAUUCAAAAUUUGCUACUGAUGACUCAUCGUGCACUACACUGAUUUUUAUCUAAUCAGUUCUUCUCUAGAAAUAAGCAAAUGAAACUUCAUAGUUCGUUGCUGACGCAGCUGAAGUCUAUUGGCUUUUUAAAAUAUAAAAACAUGAGCCUUUCAAUAUGCCCCACCCAUGUCCCUUUUAACAGAAAAUACAGAAGAAGAAAUCUGACCAGUGCAGCUGGUGUUGGGGGCGGGGCAUUCUGACUCUGUAGAGCAUCUGAUUGGACAAAAAACUAUAGUGCAGGAUGAGUCAUCAGUAUUUUCGGUCAGUUUUACCAGAAGAAAAUUAUUCACACACACACAUAUAUAUAUAUAUAUUUUUUUUUUUUAAUGUUUAGCAUAUAGAAUUCCUAGAAUUAACGCACAUGGACUAAAAACCACAAAGCUCUAAUCUUGAUUUAAUGGGGUCUUGAGAAUUAUUUAUUGUACAAUAGGCCGAUCAAAUAUCUGCAUUGAGCAACUAUGUGCUAAUCACUUCCAUGUUCACCAGCUGACUAAUUAGAACGAUUCGCUAACAGCUUUUACCCGAGGAAUCAAUUUGCAUAACCAGAAAACAUCCUGAGCUGUGGGAAAUGAAGUUAUGGGAAUCAAAAGGUGCGUGCGACGUGCCGCUGUUUAUUCAUACUUCUGAGGAGCUGAUGCGUGAAUCCCUGUUUGCUCUCAGUAAAGAGAAAGACUGAAGCGAUUUCAACGAGACAGCUCCAAUUAAACCAAAUGUACAGUCUUCUAGACAUACUGGAAUUUGCUGUUAAGUCAUUUCUGCUUUUUUCUUUAUAAACAUUCAUUUUUUUACUCAAGGGACCUUUUAGGAUCAAAUGAUCAUUUUGUAAUUGACUAAUCUCAUACAGUAUGAUUUCUCUAUUGCAGCUAAUAGCAAAAUUAUCAAGUGGAAUGUUUUUGAAUGCUGUUGUAGCAUUUCAUCUAAAUUUGUGGGCAAUUUAUUAAUUAUAUCUUAAUUAGAAUUAACUUCAGAAUCAAACUUAAAAAUGAAGUGUAGUACAAAUGCAUUAUAAAACAAUCAUAUCCUCACUUAAAACAUGCCAGAAACUGUACAUUUUGCUCCAGUGUGAACUCAGCAUCAUAACCAACGCAGAGUUUCUUAAGUUUGGGCAGGGCAUCCAUCCAACGCAAUGCAGCAGAGUCACCGAGUUCAGGGAUUCUGUGCUGUAUGAAGAGGAUUUAAGAGUUAAGCCUUAAAUGUGAUGUUUUAAAACAGAGGAAGAAAAGGGAAAGAACCGCCCUCCCACUUCAUUCUCAAUUGAGUUUUAAGACAUGAAUUAUGACAUUUGGAAAAGCCCAAAUAUGUCAGCUCCCAGAUAAAAGAGGCAAUUGUGUAGAAAAAAAAGAGCGUUUUAUGUUCGACCUCUACAAACUUUAAAUCAUAUGAGCAUCAAAUUAGAGUUGAAUAGAAGUCCUCUAUGAUUUAUGCUCUAAAAUAGAGCAGUUUAUUUGUUGAUAAAUAAUUAGCCAGUUAAAAUGAAGCAAAUCCAUCAGAAGUCGUAUAAAAGGGGAAAAUUCUGGGUCUGGCAGCAGUGAGUUCUGUGAUUAAAGUCGAAGAGGAGGAGGAGGGGGACAGAUGAUAAAGCACCAUUAAUCUGGAUUGGAUUGAACCAUUUUAAAUAAACAACAGCUCUGACGGGUUUGGAAGAGAUUCAAGAACAGCUGGACGAGCAGGGAAGCACAGCGUGCCAAUGUGGGACAAACAGCAGCCGUGUUGAAUCAGGCGACACGCUGAGAAUGACAUUCAACAAAACCUUCAGGAUUAUUCCUGGAAUCGCAAGAACUGCUUUAUUGUACAAAUGUAGAUCUGAUGUUUACCAUUAUUUAUUGUCCUGUUUAUCUGUGUAAAAUAAAAGCAAGGGAUUGUGACGAUAA